UGCAUUUUUCACGGAACUUUUAUCUGCAUAUUUACUUUGACGUGCAAAAAAAAAAAAAAAAAAAGAGAGAGAAGCUUUUCUCGUGUCUCUUAAUUACAUGUGUUUUAAUCGUACAUAUAUUUUAAAUAAAUAUUUGUACAAUAAUAAAGGUAAUAUGAUAAAGGUCCCGGAAACGAUUCUUCUGUGGCGUUUCAUUCAUAGACAGUAAAAUAGUUUCAUUCAGACGUACAGAAUGAAUGCAUGAGGACUUCAACUUUAACUUUAAAACCCUGCCUACCUUUCUACGUACUGGGUCUGCCUUUAAAAAGCACCGCACCGCAAGAGAUACAUUUAACACGCUAACGCCACGCGACACUCUGCAAGCGAGACACCACGCAAUGCGUCAGCUGACUACCGAGGAUCUGAAGACCCUGGAAGUAGAUCUUAAAAACUACUUUCCACAGUCGCUGCAGGUAUAUGGAUGUAUCUUCCAGCUCAACAGGACUGGACAGAGAGCUGACCCUGUUAGUGUGCUUGUUGACCAGUGGCCAGAGUUCAGAGUUUUACUUAUUAAACCAGAAUACCGUGAGAAGGGAGACCUUUUCAAAGACUUGACUGUGUUUUCAAAAAGCGAUGACUGCCUCAGAGAGCUGCUGGCACAUUCAGAUGUCAUUGAUUGGAAGAUGUUUAUUUGCUUGGCCGCUGAGCUUCAUCAUGUGAAGAUGAUGGAAGUCAUGGCAAUAAACAGAGGUGUACCUAUGAAGAAAGAAGCUGUGUGCUACAUGUUGGUUCUUCGAGAUCCAUCAAAUCUCUUACACGCUGAUAGUUCAUCACUGAAGCUGUCUUCUCUGAAUGAGUCUCAUCUUGAGCUAGUCAACCGUAGCUGGAAGUUUGGCUGUGAAGACAGCAAACUAAUGAUUAAGAAUAUGAUUUUAAACUUCCCCUCUUGUUGUGUCCUGGACUCAGAUAAUCAACCGGUAGCAUGGAUUUUAACUUAUGCUUCCUGUGCAAUGGGAAUGCUCUACACACUUCCAGAACACAGAGGAAAAGGCUAUGCAAAAGCACUAGUCACCAUUAUGUCAAAGAGACUGCACUCUCAAGGUUAUCCAGUGUACUGUUUUAUAGAGGAAGAGAACCAUUUAUCCUACAGCCUCUUCACAAGCCUGGGUUUCAUGAAAGACCCGGAUUACAGGGCAGCCUGGUUUGUCUUUAAUGGUUUUUAAUUGGGUCCCAUCAGAGCAGCCAAUCACAGUUGUUUAGCUU